AUGUCCACGACUGAGACGAAAACCGAUGUACUCGUUCAGUUACGUUCGCGUGAAGCCAGGACAGCGGGUUUGGUGAAAACUGUACCGUUUGUUAUUGAUGAUCUACUCGCACACGAGGUCGGGGCAUGCGGAUUUUGGCAAUGGUCUUUGGUUUUCCUGGCCAUGUUUAGCACAGCAGCCACGUCCAAUUUCCCGAACUUUUUUGAUACCCAACCCCGUCAACGAUGUCAUAUGGGUGAUUUGUGGGAAGCGGAAUUUGCCGAGAACGGACUGGAUUUUGAUCGAAUUCUGCAACUCACUGGCGGCCUAUCAUUCUCACAGGGUGAGCAUAAAUCAGAAACAUUUAUCGGUUGUCAGCGUUUUGAGGCCGACUGGGAUUCGGGACCACUGACACCUUUGAAUCAAACCAAUUUGACUGUACUACCGGUACCUGGUCUGUCGAAUCGCACGAUUGCCUGUCCGCACGGAUACGUGUACUCAUUCGGUGCACAUCAGUAUCGGGGAGGAAUUGUGGUCGAAAUGGAUUUGGUCUGUGAUCGGCAUUGGAUGAUUCCGGUGGGAACAUCACUGUUCAUGAUCGGUAUGGUUCUGGGUUAUGUGCUUUGUGGAAUUUGGGCCGGUCGAUUUGGUCGGAAAAAUGCUCUCUUAUUUUUCUCCGUUCUGGAACUCGGCUCGACUUGGCUCUGUUCUUUGACACACAGUUUUUGGCUAUUGAGUACACUCCGAUUUUUUGUCGCUAUCGGUUCGUAUGCAAAACUCAGUGCGUUCAAUUUGAUCAUUCUGGAAAUCACUGUGGCCAGAUAUCGCAGUCUAUUUAACGCACUGGUUAUCUUGGGAUUCAAUUGUGUGGGCAGAUUACUGUUGGUGGCAGUCGCUUACUCGUUCACCAAUUGGCGAGCGCUAAAUUUCGGGGCUUCUUUGCAUUGUGCACUCACCUUCACCUAUUUCUGUAUUGUGCCAGAAUCCCCACGUUGGUUGUUGGCUCAGGAACGGGCCCUGGAUGCGAUUCGUGUGCUGCAACGUGGACAUAAGAUUAAUCAUAUGCACAAACCGGGCACAAUGCCCUCGGAAUUGUUGGAACGACUAGGCGAACAGGAACUUUUCGGAUCGACAGUAANACAGUAA